AUGCCUGGGAGAAGGAGCUCCCCUCCGCGCCGGGGACCCCACCAGGGCUGCCUCCCCGCGGGCCCCGCCUGCUUGGUCUGGGGAGCUCGGUCCCAGCCGGCCCGGGGCCCCCCUCGGUCACCGCUGCUGUGCCGCGACAUGGCCCUGCAGAACGCCCUGUACACCGGGGACCUGGCGAGGCUGCGGGAGCUCUUCCCCCCGCACAGCACGGCCCACCUGCUGCUGGAGAGCCGGGCUGCCGAGCCUCGCUGGAGCAGCCGCCACCCAGGACUCUGGUCUCUGACAUAUCAAGAGGAGCUGACCACCCCACUGCAUGUGGCUGCCAGCCGGGGCCACACAGAGGUCCUGCAGCUGCUACUGAGACGGCGGGCCCAGCCCGACAGCGCCCCUGGGGGCCACACUGCCCUGCAUGAGGCCUGUGCAGGGGGCCACGUGGCCUGUGUCCGUGUGCUGCUGGCAGCGGGAGCAGACCCCAACAUCCCUGACCAGGAUGGGAAACGCCCCUUGCAUCUGUGCCGGGGGCCUGGCACCCUUGAGUGUACAGAGCUGCUCCUGAGGUUUGGGGCCAGCGUGGAUGGUCGGUCUGAGGAGGAGGAAGAGACGCCCCUGCACGUGGCCGCCCGGCUUGGCCAUGUGGAACUGGCAGAACUACUUCUACGACGGGGGGCCUGCCCCAAUGCCCAGGAUGCCGAAGGCUGGACCCCGCUGCUGGCUGCCUGUGAUGUCCUCUGCCCGUCCCCGGCCACCGCCAAAGCCACCACCGCCCGCUGCCUCCAGCUGUGCCACCUGCUGCUCGCAGCCGGAGCCGACGCCGACCACGCCGACCGGGACAAGCGGCGGCCCCUGCACUUGGCCUGUCGCCGUGGCCACGCGGCGGUCGUGGAACUGCUCCUGGCCUGUGGGGUCAGUGCCAACGCCAUGGACUAUGGGGGACACACCCCCCUGCACUGUGCUUUGCAGGGCCCGGCGGCAGCCCUGGCCCAGACCCCGGAGCGCGUGGUGCAGGCUCUGCUCAACCACGGCGCCGUCCGAGUCUGGCCCGGGGCCCUCCCCAAGGUGCUGGAGCGCUGGUGCAACUCCCCGAGGACCAUUGAGGUCCUGAUGAACACGUACAGCAUCGUGCGGCUACCCGAGGAGGCCAGGGCUCUGGUGCCUGCCGAGACACUGCAGAAGCACCACCAUUUCUACUCCUCCCUCUUCGCCUUGGUGAGACGGCCCCGGUCACUGCAGCACCUGAGCCGCUGUGCACUGCGCGCUCACCUGGAUACCUGCCUGCCCCACGCCCUGCCCCGCCUGCCGCUCCCGCCCCGCCUGCUCCGCUACCUGCAGCUGGAGUUUGAGGACGUGCUGUACUAGAUGCCCACUGCUUUUGGGGAGAGCCUGAAAGCAGACGCCCCAGAGGGUUCCGGCCUGCUUCUCCCAGCACCCUGACCCAGGGCUGAGUUGAACGCACUCACGUCGAGGUGGACCUCUCAGCACACCCCCUCCACAUAGCUGCGGACGCCUCCAUCCCCACCUGGGAGAGGUGGACAGGCUGUACAGCCAGGUGAUGUUUGAGGGCAAGAGCUGGGACUCAUGGGAAUCAACACACUGUGCUGGGGGUCACCUGAGCUAUACAACCCUAUCCAUGCAUUAAAA